AUGAUUGUCUUGGACGUUGAGUCAACCCCCAACGCCAACGCCAACACCACACCAACACCAAUACCAACCCCCAAUUCCAUCCGAAAGGCGGCAAUGAACUGUGAGAGAGCGAAUGAUUUGGAACUCUCAUCACUGUGGAUCCGGCGAGUGACACACUCUUUCAUCGCGCCACAGGAUGCCUCACAGAUGCCCGAUGAUGACGGAGAAUACAAGCCCUGA